UGCAGUCAGCAUCGAUCUUAAGAGAAGAAACUUAAGAGAAUCUUGUACUAGUGAUUUUGAUUGUACAACUAAUAUUUGUCGUACUGUAGAUAGAGAUGGAAACAAAUGUCAACUAAGUUGUACAUACAAGGAGUUAAUUUUGGUUCUUUUGAAGACCCUGCAUACAAAAGCCACAGCUGUAUUGGUGCUGUUCUUGAUAAAAAUGGAUGGACGGAACUACGAUACACCAGGAAGAUGUGCAACCGAUAGCGAAACUGUUACAAUUGUGUGA